UUUCUCACGUCGCGCCGUACGGUAUCGCGUCCUAUAAAAAUUCCGCACGUGUAAAUUUGCAGCUCGUAAACGUCGGCUUUGCCAGCACUACACGCCGACGUUCUCGUUACACGUCCGGAUUCGCGAGUCGCGUCGACGCGCGAGGCGGAACGGAUGUUUACUCGCCGCACGUUGCCGCGCAAAAACCGCGGCACUAAUCUCGGCCUAAUCACGGACGAACGGACGCCGCGCUCGCGGCCGAUCCUUUGCACGCCCUGCGGACUGCGAACGUCGAUGGACGCCGCCGUCGGGGAUCAAAGCGCCGGAGUGCCUAUUCAGCAGAGACCCGGGGAUUGCCAUUACUUGAUCAGCAGCGAUCUCGUGCGAGUCAACGUGGACAGAUUACGUCGUUUGAUAGCGCUGACAAAUCGGAGCUUCUACCCGCGAGAUAAAUCGGCCACUAGACGCAAGUCUAACGCGACAGUUAAGACGGCAAGGCGCGACAAAAGGCGCACGUGAAACAUUCCUGACUAUCACGAUCAUCAGAGACGCAGAUAAGAAUUAAAUCUCGGAGUACGAAGAAAAGAGAAUCUUAUUUCAUUAAUAUAAAUUUAUACGGUAUCCGUCAAUAACAGUUUUUAUUUGCUAUUUCUUAAAUGUUUCAUAGAAACUGCACUAAUUAUAAUUAUUAAUGUGCAUCAAUAAGUCGUUAACUCAUGUUACAAUAUCUGGCUGCUUCAAAAAAAAAAAAAUCAACCUCAAGGUAUACAAUUUCAUCUGUAUUAAAAACACUACGGAUGAUUUCUAAAGAUAUCAUAUUACUUCACGUUAAGCACUCUCGGUUUCUAUAGCCACUCGUUUGCCAAUUACCCAUCCCCCCGUAAAUUAACUUACGAUAACUGUCGCUUAACCUUCGUUAACCCGACCUUGGGCCAUCAAUCGCCGAGCUUGACAUGUUACUUUCAAUCGCUCUGACUCGAGAAUGCAAAUAACGGUAUUUUUAAUGUUUAUCCGGAAUCGCGUGGAACGGAAGAUGGCUAAUUUUUAUUGUUGUGUGUCAGUAAAUAAUGCAUUAUCAGCCACGCGUCAAACAGUCGUUAAAUUAGCUUAUAACAUAAUUAAAGCUACAGCGGAAACACACGUAUUCAUGAAAAAUUUAACCCCUAUAUUUAAAAAAAAUUUCAUAACGUCACGAUUUCUCGUUCUCGUAAUCAAGAUAUUAUUAAAAAUUCGGAAAGGUUACGAAUGCUACAUAGUGACGCUUAUCAGGCAGACGGCGAAAAAACAAUAUUGGCACUGACCAGCCGUAAGUUGUCAGUACGAACACGUGCUUGCCAAGGCUGCACGUGUCGACGCUACACGAGUAUCAUGAUACCGCAGGAUGUGCAAGCCGAUUCUUCACGACGCUUUGUCACUUCUUGCGUAAACACGUCCCGCAAACGGUCUCCAUUGUAUCGACGACAAACCGCAAAGUAGGAGCACCGUUGUUUGAAACGUUUGACAUGGUUAUAUCUUCGAGUCAGUUGAAAUUAAAGACUCCAAGCUGUUUUAAGCAAUCAAGAUUACGAUAAUUUACGUAUAAUUUGUUAACAAUCAGACACGUGCGUUAGUUUGAGCUCUAACAGCCGUUUGCUUUUCAACUUGUGUUAAUUAAAAAUACAAUGGAAAUUCCCGUGAUAUUCCAAAAAAAAAAAAAA